CCCAUUCUGUUCCACGUCAGGUCCCAGUCCCGAAGAUGUCUGACAAAGGAGCCUUCGACACCGACGUGCAGACCCUCACCAGGUUCGUCCUGGAGGAGGGCCGCAAGGCCCAGGGAACCGGGGAGCUCACCAACCUGAUCAACUCCAUCUGCACCGCCGUCAAAGCCAUCUCCACCGCGGUGCGCAAGGCCGGGAUCGCCAACCUAUACGGCAUCGCCGGCAGCACCAACGUGACCGGGGACCAGGUGAAGAAGCUGGACAUCCUGUCCAACGACCUGGUCAUCAACAUGCUCAAGUCCUCCUUCUCCUCCUGUGUGCUGGUGUCGGAGGAGGACGAGAGGGCCAUCAUCGUGGAACCGGACAAGCGGGGAAAGUACAUCGUGUGCUUUGAUCCACUGGACGGUUCCUCAAACAUCGACUGUCUGGUUUCGAUUGGAACAAUUUUCGCCAUCUACAAAAAGACCACCGAUGGUGAGCCAUCUGAGAAGGACGCUCUGCAGCCGGGAAGAAACCUGGUAGCAGCUGGUUAUGCUCUGUAUGGCAGCGCCACCAUGAUGGUCCUGUCCACUGGUCAAGGAGUCAACUGCUUCAUGCUUGACCCCGCAAUUGGUGAGUUCAUCUUGGUGGAUCGCGACGUGAAGAUUAAGAAAAAGGGAAAAAUCUACAGUUUGAAUGAGGGCUAUGCGAAGCAUUUUUAUCCAGACGUGACUGAGUACUUACAAAAGAAGAAAUACCCACAGGAUGGCUCUGCUCCGUACGGCAGUCGAUAUGUCGGUUCAAUGGUGGCUGAUGUUCAUCGUACUUUGGUGUACGGAGGAAUCUUUUUAUAUCCUGCUAAUGCCACGAGCCCUAAGGGCAAGCUGAGGCUGCUGUAUGAAUGCAACCCCAUGGCCUACAUCAUGGAGCAGGCAGGAGGCAUGGCCACCACGGGGUCCGUGAAUGUUCUGGACAUCCAGCCCACCAACAUCCACGAGCGGGUUCCCGUGGUCCUGGGGUCCCCUGACGACGUGCAGGAGUACCUUGACAUCUGUAAGAAGCAUAGGAAAUGAGCAGGUUUGUGCCGAGCAACCCAAAGCAGGACUAACAAUCGAGAGGCUCUCUGCUGCACUGAUGAAGGAACCUCACGGUGCUAAUUCCCUCUGGCUGCUAAGUGUUAUUUGUAGACACCCUGUAUAUUUUUAAAUAAAGGCGAAUGA